UCACUGCCAUUGUUUCUCUCUCUCUCUCUCUCUCUCUCUCUCUCUCACUCUCUUUCUCAGAGUCUCUCUGAGUUUUGUUGGAGGAGCUUUUAGAAGAGAGAUUCAGGUGUAGUUUAAAUUUAAUGCUUUGGGUUUGAGCUUUUCUUUUCUCUGAGGUUUCUAAACAUGAGAAAAGAAAAUCUGGUUACUGUUAAGGGUGGAGAGCUUACUGCUCCAUUAACACGUGCUAGAGCUGCCGCCUUUCGUGUAUCUGGACAAUUGCCCCCUUUAAAAGCUCCUACACAACAAAAUCUGAAGCGGACUCUGCAAGGAAACCCAAAAAAAACUGCCUUGGAUGAGAACAACAAUGCUCCCAGUAAUGCAUGUCUUAAGCGUAAGAAGAGGGCUGUACUUCAGGAUGUCACCAAUUCUUGCUGCAAUGGCUCGUAUAGGAGCUGCUUGAAUGCAGCAAAAAUUCAGGCUAAGAACAGCAAGUCAAUUAAAAACGGUCAAGUGAAGGUCUGCAAAGUGGCACCAUCAAAUGCUGUAGAAGCCCCAAAUUUUCAAACUGGUUCAAAAGAAAAUGUUCUUCAAGAAGCAGGAAAAAAAAAUCCUAGAUCAGAAGAAGUUACAUGUUCAGUUGACUUGGAAGAAAAGGUACCUCUUUGGUUAACGACCAUAGGGAAGCAUGGGAUUGAUGACCAUUGUCUUGAAAAUCAGAGUUCUUCACAGGCUCAAAGUUCUCCAAAGAAAGUCAAAGCUGGCCUUUCUGGAGACAUGCUUAUAUCAAACAUGCCAGACAUUACAGACAUUGAUGCAGAUCAUAAGGACCCUCAAUUAUGCAGUGUCUAUGCCCCUGAAAUAUAUAGCAAUUUACGUGUUGCUGAGCUUGUCCGGAGACCAUGUCCUAAUUUCAUGGAAACAGUACAGAGAGAUAUAACUCAAAGCAUGCGGGGGAUUCUGGUUGAUUGGCUUGUUGAGGUAUCUGAGGAAUAUAGGUUGGUGCCGGACACGCUUUAUCUCACAGUUUAUCUCAUUGAUUGGUUUCUUGCUCAAAAUUACAUGGAAAGACAAAAACUUCAACUUCUUGGCAUCACUUGCAUGCUAAUUGCCUCGAAGUAUGAAGAAAUAUGUGCACCGCGUGUGGAAGAGUUUUGCCUCAUCACAGACAACACUUACACGAGAGAGGAGGUAUUGGAACUGGAGAUUCGAGUAUUGAAGUAUUUUGGCUUUCAACUGGUUGCACCUACUGCAAAAACUUUUCUAAGGAGAUUUCUUCGAGCAGCACAAGCUUCAUACAAGACCCCUAGUGUUGAACUGGAGUACUUGGCCAACUUUUUAGCUGAACUAACCUUAAUUGACUAUGGCUUCUUGAAUUACCUUCCAUCUGUCAUAGCUGCAUCAGCUGUAUUUCUCGCCAGAUGGACAUUAGAUCAGUCAAAUCACCCAUGGAAUCCAACUCUAGAACACUAUACCUCUUACAAGGCAUCAGAUUUGAAAACCACAGUUCUUGCCUUACAAGAUCUACAGUUGAACACCAAUGGAUGUCCUCUGAGUUCUAUACGAAUGAAGUAUAGGCAACAGAAGCAGUUUAAGUCUGUGGCGGCUUUGUCUUCCCCAAAACUGCUAGAAACACUAUUCUGAGGAUAAAAUGGCUGUUAGAUCUUUAUUGCAAGGGACUACUAACAGAUACGUAUACUUUCCAGAAGAAAGUGUAAUCUGGAUAUGUCACUUACUCCACGAGGUUCUACUUGAUAUCUAAUCUUAAUCCUUCCUCAUCUCUAUUCAUAUUCAUUUUGGCUAAUUUUUUGAAUCUUUGUUGAUAGUCUCUGUGACCAUGGGUUGGGUUCUCUCGAACCUGUUUUUGUAAGGUUGAAUCUAAGAACUAGGGAUGUCUGGUUUUUAUGUCUAAAGUGUAUUACAGUUAAUAUAGCCACUUUUCUUUAGCUUAAACCAGUACAUCAUCAGACUGUAACAGAGAAUUAAUUUGCUAAGUUGUAAAGUUUGCAAGACAAGAACUAGCUGAAUGUAACUAUCACAGCCAAAGCUUCAAUUCAAUCAACCAUUUCUCUUUGUAA